UUACCGUUCCUGUCACCUGAUCAGCCCAAACCCUUUAGGAAAGAGAGGGCCGCUGUCCACCCGCACAAUCGGAGGCAGAGAGAGCAGAAGGGAUGCCCCUCAGGGUGUCUGGUGAGACUGGCAGCGAUGCAGGAGUCCUGGCUCCCAACCCCCCCGAUCUCACCACUAGCUCCCACUCCCCUCGCGGAGCCGGGGAAAGAACCGUCUCGGGUCCCCGCUGUGCGGGUCGCUGCCGCUUUGUGGCUGGUGCUGGUGGAGGCGCCGCGUGUUUGCUCUGCCCCGGGUUUCCUCCCUUCCCAAACCCAGCCCAGUGGCGGGGCUGGGCCGGAGCUCGUCAGGCAGGGUGAGUCACUCCCGCACCGGGGGGUUGCCAGGGUGCCGAGGCAGCAGGCAGCGCUGGAGGAGCCCGUCACCGCCGCACGGGGCGCGGGGCGCAGCGGAAUCGCUCUGACUGCGCCCCGCUGAGCCCCGGGCGAGGCAGUAGGCUGGGCAGUGGGAACGGAGAGCUGACAGGAUGAUCCCUGUAGCUGAAUUCAAGCAGUUCAUGGACCAGCAGCCAGCCUUCAAGGUGCUCAAGCCCUGGUGGGAUGUGCUGGCUGAAUACAUCACGGUGGCCAUGCUCAUGAUCGGGGUUUUUGGCUGCACCCUGCAGGUGACACAGGACAAAAUCAUCUGCCUCCCCAACCAUGUCCCCGCUGGUGCCCCACUCUCUGAUGAAACAUGCCAGAAUUUCACCAGGAAGUGCCUCAAUGCCUCGGAGCCAGACACACCCCUGUCCUCCCGGGAGAUGAGUGGCCUGCGCAACAACCUGGACAUCCAGCAGUACAGCUUCAUCAACCAGAUGUGCUAUGAGACAGCCCUGCACUGGUACGCCAAGUACUUCCCCUACCUGGUGGUCAUCCACACCCUCAUCUUCAUGGUCUGUGCUAACUUCUGGUUCAAGUUCCCGGGCACCAGCUCUAAGAUUGAGCACUUCAUCUCCAUCCUUGGCAAGUGCUUUGACUCACCCUGGACUACCCGGGCCCUCUCUGAGGUCUCUGGGGAGAGCCAAGAUGGGACGACCUCAAAGAAGGAAGACCGGCGGAGGAAGAGCAUCAAGGACAAAAUGUCCGAGCCCCACCCUGCUCUACAGUCCGUCCAGUCCAUCUCCGAGAAGAAGGUAGCGGAGACUCCUGCAGUCAGCCUGCUGGACAAGAAGGAAGGGGAGCAGGCCAAGGCUUUGUUUGAGAAGGUGAAGAAGUUCCGGCUGCAUGUGGAGGAGGGAGACAUCCUCUAUACCAUGUACAUCCGACAGACUGUUCUCAAGGUCUUCAAGUUCCUGAUUAUCACGGCCUACAAUGCCGCCCUGGUGCAGAACAUCCACUUCAUUGUGCCCUGCAGCAUGGAGAUGGAGGACAUGACAGGAUACGACCACUUCUGCUGCAACCACACCAAGGCUCACCUCUUCUCCAAGCUGGCCAUCUGCUACAUCUGCUUCUUGGGUGUCUACGGCCUCACCUGCCUAUACACGCUAUACUGGCUUUUUCACCGGCCCUUGAAGGAGUACUCCUUCCACUACGUGCGAGAGGAGUCAGGCAUCAGCGACAUCCCCGACGUCAAGAAUGAUUUUGCCUUCAUGCUUUAUCUGAUCGACGAGUAUGACUCCCUCUACUCCAAGCGCUUCGCUGUCUUCCUCUCUGAGGUCAGUGAAAGCAAGCUCAAGCAGCUCAACCUCAACCACGAAUGGACAGAGGAGAAGCUACGGCAGAAGCUGCAGCGGAAUGCCCUGGGCCGCCUGGAGCUCCACCUCUUCAUGCUGUCUGGCUUGCCUGACACAGUCUUUGAGCUGACUGAGUUGGAGGCCCUGAAGCUGGAGAUGCUCAAGGAUGUGACCUUCCCACCGCUGGUGGCCCAGCUCGUCCGCCUCCAGGAGCUCUCCCUGCUGAACUGCCCCGUCAAGCUGCCAUUUGCCUCCCUGGUCUUCCUUCGGGACCACCUCAAGGUGAUGCAAGCCACCUUUGGUGAGAUCAAGGAUGUGCCGCUGUGGGUCUACAGCCUGCGCGGGCUGGAGGAGCUCCACCUCUCCGGCCUCUUCAGCCAGGAACUGGGGAGGGCGUCCAGCCUGGAGAGCCUCCGGGAGCUGAGGAACCUCAAGGUGCUCUCGUUGCACAGCAACAUCUCCAAGGUGCCGCCCAGCGUGACCGAUGUCUCGACUCACCUGCAGCGCCUGUGCAUUCUCAACGAUGGCACCAAGCUGGUGACCCUCAACAACCUCAAGAAGCUAGUCAACGUGCGGGAGCUGGAGCUGGUCAACUGCAACCUGGAGCGCAUCCCCCAUGCUGUCUUCAGCCUGGUCAGCCUGCAGGAGCUGGACCUGAAAGACAACCAGCUACGCUCCAUCGAGGAGAUCCUCAGCUUCCAGCACUGCCGCAAGCUGGUCUGCCUUAAACUCUGGAGCAACCACAUUGCCUAUAUCCCUGAGCACAUCCGGAAGCUCAAGGGCCUGGAGCAGCUCUACCUCAAUCGCAACAAAAUAGAGACCCUGCCCACCCAGCUCUUCCUCUGCACCAAGCUCCGCUGCCUUGACCUCUCCAACAACGGCAUCCAGGUUAUCCCCCCAGAGAUAGGUGUGCUCCAGAAUCUCCAGUACUUUGCCAUCUCCUCCAACUCAGUGGAGACCUUGCCCGAUGAGCUCUUCUUCUGCAAGAAGCUGAAGACUCUGAUGGUGGGACACAACAAGCUCUCCACCCUAUCCCACCGCCUGGGCAACCUCUCCUUGCUCAGCAAGCUGGAGUUGAAGGGGAACCGUCUGGAGGCCUUGCCGCCUCAGAUCGAGCGGUGCCCGGCGCUCAAGCGCAGCGGCUUGGUGGUGGAGAGCAUCCUCUAUGAGAUGCUGCCCAUGAACAUCCGGGAAAGGCUGGAGAGUGAAUGAGAAGAGGGGACAGUCAGCGGCAGGGGCAGGCUCUUUUGCCACCUGCAGAAAGACUCUCACAGUCACUAGAGCUGGGAAGUGCCUGGUGUGCUCCUCUCCAGUGCAGGUGUUGCUCCCAGGCCAGAGCUGCAAAGGCACCUGGGAGAUCUCCCACCAAGAGUCUUACCAAAGAAUCAUCCCCCCUGGCCAUGGCUAUGGAGGGGCUCAACAUUUCAUCCCAGUGCAAAUGUGGACAGUCAGUGAUCCUGUAUGGCAGGGCAGCCACGUUGUAUCCUGGAUUGCAGGGGAGAAAUGACUCUAUUUAUACUUAUUUUUUAGUGUUAUUAACAAGCAGCGUUUAUUGCUUUUAAAAAAGACAAUUUUUGUUUGUGUGUGUGUGUGUAAAUAGCUCAUGUUUUAAAUUGCUAGAUCUCUGGCACACCUUGGUCACUGCCCCAUAAACUGUACCCCAGCCCACAGUCUAUCCCACAAAUUUCCAGGCCAAUCUGAUGGGUAAUCUAGAGAGGAUGCAAAUGUGGGUGUUCAACUGAAAUUUUGCUGUGGCUUUAACCAUGGGAGAGUCUUUCCUCAUUUCACAGCUCCACCCACUUCACUGAUAUAAAGGGAUGCUUUUCUGGCAUCAUUAGCCAGUGGAACUCACUGUCACAAGAGGCCAAAAUCUCAGCAGGAUUGAAUUUCAUUAGUGUUUGGUCAUGUCUCAGUUUCAGCAGUCCACACCCAUUGUGAUGUAACCACAUUCCCAAGGAAGGUUGCAGAUCGCUUUGUAGGUCAUCUGCCCUGGAGAGGGGAAGGAGUGUAACCUGGUUGAAGCAUCUAAUGCAUUUACAGUACCAAGAGAAGCUGGUUUUGCCACUUGGUGUGGUAUGUGCUUAUCAGACAAAUUUAAAUGGAUGGGUGUGGCUCCCAUUGACCCUCCCCCUUUGGGUGUGGCUUCUCCUGCUGUGACAUGCUGCCUCCUCCUUGAGGCAUGGCUUUUUCCACCAAUGACAUGGCUCUCAGGGGCUCCUCCCCUUAGUCCCACCUCUCUGUGGCAGGAUUCCAGAUGGGUCUGGAUUACAGGCACUGAUUUCUCCUGCGCUGCAUGUGUCUGAGUCUGGAGCCCUUACUCAGGCAAAGGUCAUGGGAGGAUUUCAGGAUCAAGCCCUUCUUUUAUAUUAAACGAUGUAUAGGGGGUGGGAGGGGUGGCAUUCCAUACACCUGUUAAUAGCAAUGGGCCUGAACCAGAGCCCUGGCUCUGUGCAGCUGGAGGGGAGAAGUUUGAAAUGUGAACAGUGCAAAUAGCCUUUAUCUCUGCACCGAGCUGCGUGCAGUGCUUCAAGAAACCCCAGUCUGAGCAACGCCCCAGCCACCUUGGCAGCCUCUCCCAGGACGGGGGGAGCACUCCUAGGAACUCCAACAUUGGACUCUUCUCGCCCGGUAGCCAGCGGCAAGGCACCCUCCAGUUAUGAGAGAACCCCCAUUAGCUAUGUCCUGGAACCAGAGGACAAAUGGGCCGGAUCAAACGUCAGUAUUAUCAUAGUAAUAGGUAAAGGUCCCAAUGGAGCAGAGUCUCCAUUGUGCUUGCUGCUGCACAAACACCUCCCCCACAAUGCGAUCGGGGCCCCCUUUGCACCAGGCGUUGCACAAACCCCUUCCCCAACCACGAUUGGGGCCCCCAUCAUGUUGGGUGCUGCACAGACCCUGUGUCACCAACCUCCCUGCCCUGGCACAGAGAGGCACAGAGUUUCAGGCCAGAGGGGACCAUCUAAUCUGACUUCCUGUCUAUCACAGGCUACCAACACCCACACAACAAACCCAACUGCAUAAUGAGACCGGAAUACCACAGGAAAGCAGACUGCAGACUAUUACGUGCCACAGGCAGAAAAGAGGAGGGACCGAGGUGCACCAGGGCCCGAGGCCUCCAUGAUGGCAGGGAGAUGUUUAAGUGAGCUAUGCCCAGAUAAUCCUGGCAAGUACCCUACACCUACAUGCUGCAGAAGAAGGUGGAAGCCUCACAAGGUCCCUGCCAAUCUGACUUGGGGGAAAAUUCCUCCCCCCGUCCCCACAGAGGGCCAUCACCGGGACCCACAGCAUGUGCACAAGAACCACCAGACAAGUGCCUGACAAAGGGAGAAUGCUCCGUGCCAGCUCAGAUCUCUGGCCCACCCUGCCCACUAGCCUGUUUCCAGCCCUGAUGUGUCAGAGGAGGGAGAUUAAAACAAACCCCUCCCAGAAUACAUGGGGGAGUUGUGGGAGAGGGAAUCCCUUCCUGAGCCCUGCUGGUGGCUGGCUGAAACCCUGGGGCACAUGCUAUUAGGAACAUAAGACCCAGGGGGUGCUGAGCCCUGCUCCCUACCAUCCCCAGCAACCCCAUCACACAACUGCCCUCAUCAGUGUGUCCAGCUCCCUCUUAAAACCAUCUCAUCUCAGCCCCUGUGGCCUCCCUCCACUCCCAGCCUCCCUUCAGUUAUCCUGCUGCUCACCCCUAAUCCCAGCCCUUCUCCCCCAGUCAUCCUCCCUAAUCACAUAGGAUACCCAACAGGGGGCAUUACACCCUCCUUCUCCUGCCACCAUCCAGCCCUAUCUGCAUCCUGAAUUCCCUUCAGCGGGCAUCUGACUGGGGGGCAGGGGGCUUAGCCACUCCCUCCCCCACGCUGUAGGUGGGCCCCGGGCCAGGCUGCAGAUCUGAUAGGAGCCAGCCACGCCCCACUCACGUGGCAGCUGGCCAGGGAACACUCUGGGACGGGGCCCAGCCCCACCACCUGCUGCCCUGGCUCCAAGUCACUGGCAGGAAGGAGCUGGGGGCAGAUGGGGACAGACUGGAACUUUAGGGCUGGGGUUGAGAGUGCAUCUAAACCUAGGCCCACAGUGGCUGUUCGGGGGGGGGUCUUUGCCACAGGGGAUUAGGAAUUGAGGUGCUAACCCCCCCAAACACAACCCAUUCCCACCCCCAUCUCUGCCUUAUAGACACACAAGCCUCCCAUCCUCCUAACAGCCCGUACACACCACACAUCCAUCUCAACACAUACCACCUCACACCCACCCCUGCCUAAUAGACUGUGCCCCCCACUACCUCUUCCAUGUACUGGGGUACCCUGGGGAUGGCUAUCCAUUGCCAUCUGCUGGACAACAUUGUGCGAGCUGCAUCCAGAGCCCCUGUCUCCUGUUCUGUGGUGUCUGUGGAUCAGAGCUCAGCAGUGGGAUCUCUCCACCGCUCUGGAUCCCACCCCCUGCUUUGCAUUGGAGCACGUUCAGGGACUGGAGUCCUUUUUCCAUUAGCCAAAGGACUGGGCUCAUGAUCCCGGCAGCACCUCACCCGAAAGCACUUUCUACAGUCCCUCAAUCCCACUGCUGGCCUCGGCAGAGAAUCGUUACCCUUUGGAUCUACUGGGAGCUGAGGGCGGGAAGCCACUGCCUGUGUCUAUUGUAUUAUAAAUGGGGGGAAAUAAAAAU